AUAAACAGGCGGAGACACUGCUGGAGGAGAUUGCUUAUGACUGAAUGCCUGAAGACAUUUAAAGACGCCUGAAAAACAGAAAAUGGAACAGUACAUAACAUACGACUAUAACAGCACAAAUGAAAUGAUUUCGGACACAACUGACUAUGAAACUGAUCCAAGCGGAUUAUGUGUCAAAGAACUGGUGCGACAGUUUAGCAAGUCCUUCGAGCCGCCUCUUUACUGGAUCAUCUUCGUCGUGGGCGCUCUGGGGAACCUGCUGGUCGUCUGCAUCUUCACAACUGUGCGAAACCGCCUCAAGACCAUGACCGAUGUCUACCUUCUGAACCUGGCAGUGGCAGAUCUUCUCUUCCUUGGCACAUUGCCCUUCUGGGCUACGAAUGCUUCCCAGGGCUGGGUGUUUAGUGAUGUCAUCUGCAAGGGAGUUUCUGCGGUCUAUAAGAUCAACUUUUUCGCCAGCAUGCUUUUACUCACCUGUAUUAGCGUGGACCGCUACAUCGCCAUAGUUCACGUAACAGAAGCUCACAAUUACAAAAACAAACGCAUGUUUUUCAGUAAGAUAACCUGCGUUUUUGUGUGGUUUUCCUCUUGCCUCUUAGCCGUACCGGAAUUUCUCUUUGCGAAAGUGAAAACCGCAACAAUGCAGUGUGUGUUGGUGUACUCGAUUUCAGACGAUAACCGUACCAAAGUCCAGGUGUUAUCGCUACAGAUCUGCGUCGGGUUCCUGUUACCCCUGCUGGUCAUAGUGAUAUGCUACUCAGUUAUUAUUCGUAAACUGAUGCAGGCUCGAAACUUUGAAAAGCACAAGGCUCUUAAGGUCAUCUUUGCGGUCGUGGCGGCAUUUGUUCUGUCCCAGUUGCCAUUUAAUGGGUAUCUGAUCCUAGAGGCGGUUCAGGCUAACAACGCCUCAAUAACAGAGUGUGACAUCUCGAUAAGGUUAGAUAUGGCUGGGCAAAUCGUCAAAUGUCUGGCAUACACACACUGUUGUCUGAAUCCCAUUUUGUAUGUCUUUGUUGGAGUUCGCUUCCGCAGGGAUCUCUUGAAUCUUCUUCAGCGUUUCUCCUCCUGCCUGGGACUCCUCGAAAACAACAAAAUGCAGCAAGUUCCCAAGAGGCCCUCUGUUAUGUCAGACACUGACACAACACCAGUUUUUUCUUUAUAAACCAGCCCACUAUAUUGUACUAUAUUACUAUAAAAUCUGAUGUUUUCUAAUUGUCCUAAUAACAGUUUUAAAUCAUAAACUUUUUUGAACACUCUGCUGAACUUUGCUAAAGUUUUUAUAAAGUUUAUUAAGGUUGUUUGUUAAAAUUGUGUAUAUUCAGGUCCAAUAUUUUGAGAAGUGUGUUUUGUAGCCUUUAUAAGUUUUUUGUGCCUUUUGUCUACCAGAAACAUUGUAAGGAAACUGUAAAUAUGUAUUAAGCCAAUGUAGCAUAUAGUGUGUGAUAU